AUGACCAUGCCUGUGUCGGAGGGCCCGCGGGCGCCCCAGAACCUGACGUUCAACUGGAUCGGGGCCCCUGAGGACGAGGGCGACUACCAAUAUUACUCGUCCUUCCAGUUUUGCGACAACCGCUACGACGUGGGCGACCACGUGUACCUCAUCCCCGAGGACGUGGCUGCGCCGCUCUACCUGGCGCGCAUCAUAAAUGCGUUUGAGGACUCUAAGGCGGAGGGCAGCGAGCGGCUGUGCAUCCAGCAAGGCGCUUCGCCCAUCUGA